UACCCAACUUUUAUUCGCAAGAGCAGAGGAAAUAAGAGAAAGAGAAAAGAAAGAAUCUGCUAUUCCUUUCUUGCAACUUCAGCUACUAAAGAAAAGUCCUUCACUCACAACCAGAACCGUCCGAUCUAGGGAUUCUGGAUACCUCAGUCUCGCUUCUCCGAUUGCGAGCUCGUCCAAGCGCCCGCGACGAUCUCUGUCGGUUUGUUUCUAGAAGGUUGAGAGAUGUCGAGGUUCCAUGUGGGAGGGAAAGUGGUGGAGAGAGUUGAGUUGUUGAGGAAGAGGCACUUGGCAUGGCGAUUGGACGUGUUGCCCUUUGCCAUUAUAUAUAUUUUGUGGUUGACUGCCAUUGUUCCUAGCAUAGACAUUGGGGAUGCUGCCAUUGUUUUCGGUGGACUUGUUGCUCUUCACAUUCUGGUCUGGCUUUUCACGGCUUGGUCCGUCGAUUUCAAGUGCUUUGUCCAGUAUAGUAAGGUUAAUGAUAUUCACCAAGCUGAUGCAUGCAAGGUUACUCCAGCCAAAUUUUCUGGUUCUAAAGAAGUAGUGCCUCUUCAUUUUCGUAGAUUACCAGCAAGUUCUUCAUCUGCAAUGGAUUUGGAAGAGAUUUACUUUGAUUUCAGAAAGCAGUGCUUCAUCUUUUCAAAGGAGAAGGAGACAUUUUGCAAGCUUACCUACCCUACCAAGGAAACAAUUGGACACUAUCUCAAAAGUACUGGCCAUGGUUCUGAUGCUAAAGUUGUCGUUGCCACUGAAAAAUGGGGACGGAACGUAUUUGAUUACCCACAACCUACAUUCCAGAAGUUAUUGAAAGAGCACUGCAUGGAACCCUUUUUUGUAUUUCAGGUCUUCUGUGUGGGUCUCUGGUGUUUGGAUGAGUAUUGGUAUUACAGUUUGUUCACCCUAUUCAUGCUGUUUAUGUUUGAGUCAACAAUGGCAAAAAGUCGGUUGAAGACUUUAACUGAGCUAAGACGUGUUAGAGUGGAUAGCCAGACCUUAAUGGUGUAUCGAUGUGGGAAGUGGGUUAAACUCUCUGGAACGGAUCUGUUGCCUGGGGAUGUUGUCUCUAUUGGGCGUUCUUCUGGUCCGAAUGGAGAAGAUAAGUCAGUACCAGCAGACAUGCUUAUAUUAGCUGGAAGUGCUAUAGUGAAUGAAGCCAUUCUCACAGGCGAGUCUACCCCACAAUGGAAGGUUUCAAUCAUGGGAAGAGGAAUUGAGGAGAUGUUAUCAAUAAAGAGAGAUAAGAGCCAUGUUUUAUUUGGUGGGACUAAGAUUUUGCAGCAUACUCCAGAUAAGACCUUUCAUCUGAAGACCCCUGAUGGUGGCUGCAUAGCUGUUGUUCUGAGGACUGGAUUUGAAACAAGUCAGGGAAAACUGAUGCGAACAAUUUUAUUUUCUACAGAGAGGGUUACAGCUAACAGCUGGGAAAGUGGGCUGUUCAUUUUAUUCCUAGUCAUAUUUGCAGUAAUAGCUGCUGGUUAUGUACUUAAAAAGGGGCUAGAGGAUCCCACAAGGAGCAAGUACAAGCUUUUACUAAGUUGUUCACUUAUUAUUACUUCUGUGAUCCCUCCUGAGCUGCCAAUGGAAUUAUCAAUAGCUGUUAAUACAUCUCUGAUUGCCUUGACACGGCGUGGAAUAUUUUGUACAGAGCCUUUCCGAAUACCAUUUGCUGGGAAGGUUGAUAUAUGUUGUUUUGACAAAACUGGAACACUUACAUCUGAUGACAUGGAGUUCUGUGGAGUUGGUGGGUUAACGGGCAGUAUGGAUUUAGAAACUGAUAUGUCAAAUGUGCCAGUGCGCACUCUGGAAAUUCUGGCUUCUUGUCAUGCCCUUGUUUUUGUUGAGAACAAGCUGGUGGGUGAUCCUCUAGAGAAGGCAGCACUUAAGGGAAUCGAUUGGAGUUAUAAAUCAGAUGAGAAAGCCAUGCCAAAAAAGGGAAAUGGCAAUGCUGUUCAGAUUGUUCAACGACACCACUUUGCGUCCCACUUGAAGCGAAUGGCAGUUGUUGUUCGCAUUCAGGAGGAAUUUCUUGCUUUUGUGAAGGGUGCCCCUGAAACUAUUCAGAAUAGACUUGUUGAUGUGCCAUCAUCAUAUGUUGAGACCUACAAGAAAUAUACACGUCAAGGGUCUCGUGUCCUAGCUCUUGCUUUCAAGUCCCUUCCAGAUAUGACAGUUAGUGAAGCUAGAAGCUUGGAUAGGGAUGUAGUGGAGAGUGGCCUUACUUUUGCUGGUUUUGCGGUUUUUAACUGUCCUAUUAGAGGAGAUUCAGGCACAGUCUUGUCUGAACUAAAAGGAUCUUCACAUGACUUGGUGAUGAUUACUGGUGAUCAAGCUUUGACAGCCUGCCAUGUUGCAAGCCAAGUUAAUAUUAUAUCAAAUCCAGCAUUGAUUCUUGGUCCAGCAAGGAAUGGUGAUGGGUAUGAGUGGAUAUCCCCUGAUGAGACAGAGAUUAUGCAGUACAGUGAGAAAGAUGUUGAAGCUUUAUCAGAGUCUUAUGAUCUCUGUAUUGGUGGGGACUGCAUCGAAAUGUUACAACAGACCUCUGCUGCUCUACGAGUCAUCCCUUACGUGAAGGUUUUUGCAAGAGUUGCUCCCGAGCAAAAAGAACUCAUCAUGACCACCUUCAAAACAGUUGGAAGGAUAACAUUGAUGUGUGGGGAUGGGACUAAUGAUGUUGGAGCUCUGAAGCAGGCCCAUGUGGGAGUUGCUCUAUUGAAUGCAGUGCCUCCAAGUCAAAGUUCUGGGACAUCUAAGGAUGAAGGUACGAAGUCUGCCAAGUCAAAAAAAUCUAAGCCUACAUUGGAAGCAACUGGAAAAGGUAUGGUUCUAAAUGGAGAAGGCUCGUCGAAAGGUAAAGGUACCUCGAGGUUGGAUACCACCAACGUUUCUGCUGGUAAUCGCCAUCUGACAGCUGCAGAGAUUCAACGACAGAAGCUGAAGAAGAUGAUGGAUGAGCUAAAUGAGGAGGGUGAUGGUCGUGGAGCUCCCAUUGUCAAGCUUGGUGAUGCCUCUAUGGCAUCACCAUUCACUGCAAAGCAUGCGUCGGUUGCCCCCACCACAGACAUAAUUCGUCAGGGUCGCAGUACUCUAGUAACUACCCUCCAGAUGUUCAAAAUACUGGGCCUUAACUGCCUUGCUACAGCGUAUGUAUUGAGUGUUAUGUAUUUGGAUGGUGUCAAGCUCGGAGAUAUCCAGGCUACAAUCAGUGGUGUAUUUACAGCUGCCUUUUUCCUGUUUAUCUCGCAUGCCCGCCCCCUUCACACCCUUUCAGCUGCACGUCCCCACCCUCAUGUCUUUUGCUCCUAUGUAUUCCUUUCUCUCAUGGGACAGUUUGCGAUCCACCUACUUUUCUUGAUUUCUUCUGUGAAGGAGGCUGAGAAACACAUGCCUGAUGAGUGCAUCGAGCCAGACUCCGAUUUUCAUCCCAACCUGGUGAAUACAGUCUCAUACAUGGUGAACAUGAUGCUUCAGGUGGCUACGUUUGCUGUGAACUACAUGGGGCAUCCUUUCAACCAGAGCAUCUCUGAAAACAAACCAUUUUUGUAUGCCCUCUUGGGUGCUGUUGGUUUUUUCACAGUUAUUACUUCUGAUCUAUUUAGGAGCUUGAAUGACUGGUUGAAGUUGGUGCCUUUGCCUGGUGGAUUAAGGGAUAAACUACUGCUUUGGGCUUUUCUCAUGUUUUUGGCCUGCUACUCCUGGGAGAGACUCUUGAGGUGGGCUUUCCCUGGUAAGAUUCCAGCCUGGAAGAAGCGUCAACGGCUUGCUGCGGCUAAUCUACAAAAGAAGAAACAUGUCUGAGUGAAUCAAAGUGGAAAGAGCUAUAUUUUGGAUGGCUAUGCGGCCGGAGCUGAUGGUGUGAUGGCAUCAAAAGGCAGAGCCAGUGAGCGGAAUAUAGCUGAAUGGCUUUACAUUUUUUAACAGUUGUAUCAAUCAAAUUGUGAAUUUUCCUCCUUUUGUGGUGGGAGAUUGUCUAAAAAGUACCAAGUUAUUAAUAUUUUGCAGGGAGAAUAUGAUUUUAGGAUGCUUUUUGGAUAUAGGAGAUUGAUACAUGACGGAUAGUUUCAACCUUUAGAACCAUUGUACCCGACUUACAUUCCACAUUUGAUUAUUGUCUUUUCUAAAGAAAGUAUUUGAUACA